UCGUGUAAGCUAAUACUAGUGUUGACAAUGGCGACAAAACUAGGUAUUUUGAGAAAAGCUGCUACUCAGUUAGCUGUUUUACUCCAAAAAUGUCCAAGAGUAACUGAUCAAUUAGCAAUUUCUUCAAGAUGCAUGCACUUUACGUAUGUUCCAGAAACUCCACCGAAAAAAUUCGGGGAGACAACAAAAAUGAACUUUUUCCAGUCUAUAACAAGUGCAUUAGACAUUGCUUUAGCCAAGGACUCAUCUGCAGUUUUAUUUGGUGAAGAUGUGGCCUUUGGAGGUGUGUUUCGAUGCAGUGUUGGACUGAAAGAAAAAUAUGGAGCUGAUCGUGUGUUCAACAGUCCAUUAAGUGAGCAGGGCAUUGUCUCUUUUGGCAUUGGUAUAGCAGUAACUGGAGCUACAGCCAUUGCUGAAAUUCAGUUUGCAGAUUACAUUUUUCCAGCCUUUGAUCAGAUAAGGAAUGAGGCAGCAAUGUACAGAUACAGAUCAGGGAAUGAGUUUGAUUGUGGCAGGCUGACUAUACGAACUCCCUGCAGUGCUGUAGGUCAUGGUUCACUGUAUCAUUCACAGAGUGUUGAAGCAUUCUUUGCUCACUGUCCUGGAUUAAAGGUUGUUAUGCCUCGAGGUCCUGUCCAAGCCAAAGGUCUUCUACUCUCCUGCAUACGUGACAACAAUCCUUGUAUCUUCCUUGAGCCCAAGAUCCUGUACAGGUCUGCAGUGGAGGAGGUCCCUGUGGGAGAUUACAUGUUGCCUUUGUCCAAGGCUGAUAUUGUUAUAGAAGGUUCUGACGUGACACUGAUUGGCUGGGGCACCCAGGUGCAUGUGCUGAAGGAAGUGGCCAGCCUAGCCCAGCAGAAGUUAAAUGUGUCCUGUGAGGUGAUUGAUCUCUGCACAAUCAUUCCCUGGGACAGGGACACUGUCACUAAGUCUGUCCUGAAGACUGGACGUGUGCUGAUCUCCCAUGAGGCUCCCAUCACAAUGGGAUUUGGGGCAGAACUUGCUGCUUCCAUUCAGCAAGAUUGUUUUCUUCGCCUUGAGGCUCCUAUUGAGAGAGUCUGUGGCUAUGAUACACCCUUCCCCCAUGUGUUUGAGGUGUUCUACAUGCCUGAUAAGUGGAAGUGCUUGGAAGCUGUCAAGAGACUCAUCAGUUAUUAAAUCAGGGAAAUGUUCUAGACAUGAAAGUAGGUGCAAACUGAAUGGUUGGAAUAACAAAAUGAGAUCCUACAUAGAUCUGAAGGGAAUGUUCUCUUUAUAAUCCUAUAUCAGGUAUCAGUCAAGUAACUCGUGUUUUUACAGGUCAUAGCAAGUCUAAUAAUGACUAACUUUUAUGAAAUUUGGUGUAAAUCUUUUUAUAAAUAAAAUGUAUAUAUAUUUGAAUAAAAAAAACAAAUAGCAUUGAAUGUACAGUCUUAUGAAAUGCUGUCCAAACUUGACCAAAAGCUGUGCAGGAAGUCUGGACAUAGGUUUAAAGUUGUUUAGAUACUGUAACUUACAUUUCAAUUAGUUAAUCUGUGAAUUUAACUAGAGUCAGUCUGCCAUUUUGGAAUUUUAUCUAAAUUUUUAUGAUUAGCAUUCUGAGGCCACAUAUUUUGUUUGAUUUUAUCAAAUAUUGUUACCUUUGUUUGUUUUUUUAAAUUACAAACUUUCUGCCAUCAAAUCAUAAACAAAAAAAUUGCUUAUUAAUUUUACUAUUCAAAAAACAAGAAAGACAAUUGUUUUGCUUAUUCAGAGUUUUAUACUGGUAUUGGUUUGCACUCAACAGAAAGUCUGUAUGUUUCAGUGUGUGAAUUUAUCCAGAAAGUCUGUAUGCUUGAGUGUGUGUGAACUCUUAUAGUUGUGUACAUAGGACAUGGUCAGAAAGUUGUUUGUUUGAUCAAUAGUUAUGAGAUGAUAUUCUUACACCUUGAUAUUGUUUUGCUGAAAUAACCUCUGUGUGUGUGUGUGUGAGCACUAUUGGGAAAGAAUUAUUUUUAUUAUUAAUCAUGUUUCUGUUGGCAGGUAAGCAGCUCUCUGUCAUCCUAUUUAGUUUUUCCUUCUCUUCAAUUCUCCCAGCUCAAGUUACUAGGUCAAUGUUCUUUGCAGUCAGGAGACAUUGGUUACAACUUUUUAGUGUCUCUAAAAGAAUAAUUCUGACAUCAAAUUGUAGAACUUGAUGAAACAUCUCUUCACACAUAAACACAUCUCUUCCCACACAAACCCACCCCCACUGUUGUUAACAAAAUGGAGGUCAAGAGGAAUGUGAGGGGGGCAUGAUGGCUGAGUAGUCAAGUGCUUGGCUUCUGAACCUAAUGGUCUAGUGAUUGAAUACCGGUGAAGGCUAUAAUUUUGAACUUUGUGAUUUUUAAAACAAAUCAUCUGGAUUUUUAAGCUACUCUACAUUCUUUUGGUAAUUAAAGGUAGUUGGUAGUUGUGCUGGCCACAUGAUACCCUCCUUAAAAUCAUCAGCCCUAGAAACAGAUGAGCUUUACAUCAUCUGCCUCCAUAGAUGGCAAGGUCUGAAAAGGGUCAUUUUACAAUUUACUCAGUUUCAGUCUGGUGUCUAGUAUGCUAUGAGAACUGAUUGAUUUUAUCAAGCUGUCCUGUUUGGUUUUAGUUUUUAUGUUUCUUUCAGUUUUCUUGUUCUGUCAAAUGUUCAAUGUCAUAUUGCCUUUUAUAAUCUUUCGGACCCUAUGCAGGUCUAUUAGAAGUCAACAUUCUAGGCAAAGUAGAGACACAUUGAUCCAAAUGUAAUAGGUUUUUUUUGCUUAUUGCUCAUUGUCUACCUAAUGCUACAGUUGAGUUGAAAGGUCUUCAAUGGGAUCUUAAAUCAGGUGCUUUUUAACAUGACUCUGCUCAAGAUCCAAGGUCUUUUUCAUACAUCAUUGUGCAGGAGGUUAUUUAGUUAGGCAGCAUUCUUGAAAAGUUUCUGGGAAACCAGUUCCUAUAGAACUUUAGAGAGAGUCACAUUAUAUCAUUUUGAGAACUAAACAACUUCUAACUUUGGUGACAGGAGAAUAACUUUAGAACUUAAGAGAGAGUCACUUUAUAUCAUUUUGAGAACUAAACAACUUCUAACUUUGGUGACAGAAUAACUUGAGACAAAUGUAGAGUAAGAGUUGAAGGCUUGGACACACACAUUUGGAGCAUUGGUUCAAUCUUCAGUGCAGCUCUGAGCUGAAUGCUAAGAUGAUUGACAUGUUUCAAUCAUUCACAAGCAAUGUUGUAGAAGGUCAAACUUGAACUGGACAUGUUUCAAUCAUUCACAAGCAAUGUUGUAGAAGGUAAAAGUUGAACUGGACAUGUUUCAAUCAUUCACAAGCAAUGUUGUAGAAGGUAAAAGUUGAACUGGACAUGUUUCAAUCAUUCACAAGCAAUGUUGUAGAAGGUCAAAGUUGAACUGGACAUGUUUCAAUCAUUCACAAGCAAUGUUGUAGAAGGUAAAAGUUGAACUGGACAUGUUUCAAUCAUUCACAAGCAAUGUUGUAGAAGGUAAAAGUUGAACUGGACAUGUUUCAAUCAUUCACAAGCAAUGUUGUAGAAGGUCAAAGUUGAACUGGACAUGUUACAUGAACAAACUGAACAAAGUCUUGUGUUAGGAACCAGCAAAUAUUGAGGGCAAAAUCCUAAAGCAUUUAUGUAUUUUUUUGUUUACCUGUGUUACCAUUGCAAUGAGACUUGAUAAAACUAGCUACCUAAGACAAUGAGACAUUCUCAAAAGUAAUAGAAUUCACUUACAUCAAAUCUGUGUGUUUCUAUCAGCUGAGUACAUUUUUUUAAAGUUCCAUUAGCCUUUGAAUUGUUUCUGUUUGUAAAUGGAGUACCCUCUGUGUUUAGUGGACUUUCAAAUCAGAAAACUAAAAUGCACAAAGAUAACUUUUGCUUUCCUUGUCACAAAUGUCAACAGAGACAACUGUGGUUGGGGUUAUACACUUAGGGUUAGGUCUCAAUGUAAUGCCAACUUUAAAUAGAAGCCAGUGCUUGUAUUACAUUAUAUAUAAACAGAGUGGAAUGUGAAUGAAGAUGAUCUCCCUGGUGUAUCGUUAUGUUUGUGUUUUUGUAUAUUUCUUUGUAUCAGAUUCUUUUGCUGUAAUUAUUUUAUUUUUUGUAUUUUAGUUGAAACUCAUUUAAAAAAAAAAAAAAAAGAAAAUUGUGUA